CAGCGACUCUGUUGGGCCAUUUGGAAAGUACACUGCGAUGUGAUGCGAGUCCGAUGCAAUACAACAGAAGAUCUGGGUGUCAGCUGGCGAUUCGCUUCUCAGUGGGCUUCGGCGAUGGGAAAACAUCUUCGAAGACUAAUGCCUUGUGGUGAUCUGCCAACGGCAAUCAUGGGUCUCAAAAAUCGUCUGUACUCUCGUUGGACCGGACUGCUUCUCAGUGAUCCUGUGAUCGAGCCACCUUUAAUCUCAGAGGAUACCAUGUUUGCGGUAGUGGACUCAUUUUGUUACGAGGCAAAUCGCUUACUUACGUUGUGGCUUCCUGAAAGAUAUCACAAUCCAGCCAUGCUCCGAGGUAUCUAUUCGUCUGUUCACAAAUAUUUGCUACAGCCAACAGCGGACAGACUGCUGGUUUCAGUGGCUUAUUUGCUCCUCGGUCCAUCUGGAAGUCUUUUUCUGGACGAUCUUCGUCUUACUACUGGACAGCGAUCUCACUUGUAUUCGCAGCUCAAGAGAACAACGCAUUCCAGAUCUUCCAGCAGAAAAAUACGAAGACGAAAGGGUGCAACAUCAAUAUCAGCUCGCGCAUUUCACAAAAAAGUGGAGUUGGAUACCCUGUGUUCGUCGAUAUCUUCUUGUACCUAUCGGGAUCACUCGCCACAUGAUUUUCGUAGCUGGGCACGCAACGGUAGACUCAAUCCGAUGCUCGCAAUGCAACCUCGCCAGACAACUUGUUUGACACAGUACCCUGUUGCAAAACUCGUGGAAAGGGCCCAGACCAUCUUACUUCCUUAUACCACGGUUCCUGAAAAAAUGGACAUAGACGUAUCCCAUGAGAUAAGUAAGCUGCUUGUCCUGCCAUCUGAACCGCGAUGGAACGGUAAAGAACCUGUUCGUUGGCCCGAUGCGAUACAGACAUUUUGUUGGAUCCUAGAGUAA